UAAUAGCUAUGUACUGCAUUUUUAUUUUAGUCAUCAAAGAAAGUGACAGUGGAUGAAAUCAAGGCUGUCAUGUCAGAAGAACACAAAGAAACUAUGGAGCAGACUUAUGAUAUAUAUCUUCUACCACCUGGUGAAGAUCCUGAAUCAUGCCAAUCAUAUUUGAGGAUGCGGAACAAAGAUGGAAAAUACAAUCUCAUGUUUGAGGAAUGGGUUACAGAUUCUCCAUUUGUCAUAUCACCAAGAAUAACUUUUGAAGUCAGUGUGCGGCUUCUUGGUGGCUUGAUGGCCUUGGGAUACACGAUAGCGGCUAUCCUAAAACGAAGUAGCCAUGUAUUCUCUGAUGAAAGGGUGUGUGUGAAAAUUGAUUGGUUAGAACAACUAAACCGCCAUUAUGUUCAGGUGCAAGGAAAAGAUCGCCUACUUGUAAAGUAUGUGGCCGAGCAGUUGGAAUUGGAAGGGUCAUACGUUCCUCGUACUUAUUUAGAACAAAUACAGCUGGAGAAACUUGUAGAUGAGGUUAUGGCAUUACCAGAUGACUUGAAGACAAAACUCAGCAUGGAUGAUGAUCUGGUGGUAGCAAGUCCCAAAGAAGCACUUUCUUGAGCUGCGGAGAGGGUUGCCAUGAGAAAUAAGAAUCUCAAGAGUUUCCUGUGGUGAAUUCUUUGGUCAAUCGCCUGAUAAGGACUCGGAUAUUUGUGGGUUACGUGAGAUAAAUGAUCCGCCUAACAAACGGGAAGAAGGAUUAAAACUUCAACAAGGUCAUUUAGAAGGAUCAACAAUUAUAUAUGUACCUACCAGAAAAGAAACACUACUGCUUUGAUGGAUGCGAAACUUGGCACGGAAGGCCGCAAGGAUCUUUUUGAUUAGCUAUCAAGGAAACUUAGUGGAUUAAGCAAUUUUCUUGAUGCUGUAAAUCUGAAUUAUGUAUUGUUUCAAAUUGUUAUGCGAGAUGGAUGUGACUUGUGAAUGAAAACUUAGAAUAGUAAUAUUGUGUCGAAUGUUAAUGAUUCA